AUAAGCCUUCCUUUACCUCUUACUAACUCUUUCGACUACAUAGCUCUCUGCAUUUUCUGUCAUUUCUAAUCGCAAAUAUUUUGCACAACGCGCUAGUGUGCACGGAGCCUCGGACAUCAGAGCACGCCAACCAUGCCGGUCGCCGUGGCUGCCUCCGGCGACACAAACGUCGUGGAGGACCUCUACGGCAUCCUCCGUGUACUCAGCGACGGCACGGUUGUCCGGUCACCGGACCCGCCGGAGUUUUGCCCCAUCACCUUCCCCUGCGACCACCCUUCCGUGCAGUGGAAGGAGGCCGUCUACGAUAAGGGCAAGAACCUCCGCGUCCGCAUGUACAAGCCGUCGGGCGGCGGUGAGCAGGCCGGCCGGAAGCUGCCGGUGCUCGUCCACUUCCAUGGCGGGGGCUUCUGUCUCGGCUCGUGCACGUGGGGAAACUUCCACAGCUUCUGCCUCCGCCUCGCCGCGGAGGCCGGCGCCGUCGUGCUCUCCGCCGGGUACCGCCUCGCUCCGGAGCACCGCCUCCCCGCGGCCCUCGACGAUGCGACCGGCUUCUUAGAAUGGCUCCGCGAGCAAUCCGUGAGCACCGAGGCCGAGGACGGGUGGCUCACGGAGGCGGCCGACUUUGGCCGCGUGUUCAUCACCGGCGACUCGGCGGGCGGGACCUUAGCGCACCACCUCGCCGUGCGCGCCGGGUCGGCCACGCCCAAACACGGCGAUGACGUCGACUCUGUCACGAUCAAAGGCUACAUCCUGCUAAUGCCGUUCUUCGGCGGCGUGGACCGGACGCGGUCGGAGGCGCUGGAGUUCCUGUUGGCGGAAGAGCCGUUCCUCAACCUGGCCGUGCUGGACCGAUUCUGGCGGCUCUCGCUGCCGGAGGGCGCCAGCAGGGACCACCCGAUCGCGAACCCGUUCGGGGCGGACAGCCCUGGGCUGGGCUCGGUGGAGUUCCCGCCGGUCCUCGUCGUUUCCAGCGGCACCGACUUGCUGCACGACCGCACCGUCGACUACGCGGAGCGGCUGGCCGGGAUGGGGAAGCCGGUGAAGGUCGUGGAUUUCCCCAACGACCCACACGGGUUCUUCACGCAGGACCCGUGGUCCGAGACCACCGGCGAGCUGAUCCGGCUCGUCAGCGUGUUCGUCGUCGACAGCUGCGUCUCCGUCGCGGCGCCAAAGACCGCUUGAUUCGGUACGUACAUACAGGUGCAGAGGUGCCUGUUUUGGUGUACAAGACAGUCGACAGUUGAGGCGACACGACCAGAAAGUACAUCAAGGUUCGGCUCGUCUGCAUCGUCUUCGAUUAAAACUAAUGAUACCAGUCGUGUUGAUGUGAGAAUCGGUUACAAUAUAUUUCAACGAUACUUAAGUGUGAAAUAUAAAUAUUUAGAUUAAUAUCGCGUGAAUCAAAAUUAAAAAUAUUGUAUUUUAUUAUAUAUAGUUGUAAAAUACUUAUUGAAUGUAAGUAGAAUAAUAGAAUGUAAAAUAUUUUCCCAAGCAUGCAUGGUUGCAUGUGGUGGUGGAUCUUUUUUUCA